GUUCAUUGCUGUACUUCCUCUUCUGUCCUGCAGAUGGCGCCCCUCUCAGUGAGCUGUCCUGGUCCUCCUCUCUGGCGGUGGUGGCCAUCUCCUUCUCUGGACUCUUCACCUUCAUCUUCCUCAUGCUGGCGUGUCUCUGCUGCAAGAAAGGCAGGAUGGGCUUCAAGGAGUUUAAGAAUGCGGACGGUGAUGAGUACCAGGCGGAUGUGUCCACGCUGGCGUCGCCGGCCUCCCAGGGCAGCCCCGACGUCUACAUCCUGCCGCUCACCGAGGUGUCUCUGCCGGUCGCUAAGCAACCGGGUCGAUCAGUUCAGCUGCUGAAGUCGUCAGACCUGGGUCGUCAUCACCUCCUUUACCUGAAGGAGAUCGGGAACGGCUGGUUUGGGAAGGUUCUCCUGGGGGAGGUGAACACUGGCCUCCACUCCACUCAGGUGGUGGUGAAGGAGCUGCAGUCUGGUGCUGGAGUCCAGGAGCAGAUCCACUUCCUGGAGGAGGCGCAGCCUUAUCGUCUCCAUCAUCCUGCUCUUCUCCAGUGUUUGGCUCAGUGUACAGAAGUCUCCCCCUACCUGCUGGUGAUGGAAUUUUGCCCUCUGGGGGAUGUGAAGGGUUACCUGCGCAGCUGUCAGAACGCCGACGCCCUGACCCCAGAACCUCUGGUCCUGCAGAGGAUGGCCUGUGACAUCGCAUCUGGACUACUGCACCUGCACCAACACAACUACACCCACAGUGAUCUGGCUUUGAGGAACUGUCUGCUGACCGCCGACGUCUCGGUGAAGAUCGGAGAUUAUGGUCUGUCCCACACAAAAUACAAGGACGAUUACUACCUGACCUCGGAUCAGAUGUACGUCCCAUUGAGGUGGAUCGCUCCAGAACUGGUGGAUGAGGUCCAUGGAAACCUGCUGGUGGUGGAUCAGACCCAGCAGAGCAACAUCUGGUCUCUGGGCGUGACCAUCUGGGAGCUGUUCGAGUUGGGGAACCAGCCCUACAGACACUACUCCGACCGACAGGUUCUGACCUACACCGUGAGGGAACAGCAGCUGCGACUGCCCAAACCUCAGCUCAAACUGCCGCUGGCCGAGCGCUGGUACGAGGUGAUGCAGUUCUGCUGGCUCCAGCCGGAUCAGAGGCCCAAUGCAGAGGAGGUCCACCUGCUGCUCAGUUACCUGUGCGCCAAAGGGGCCAGCGAGGCUGAGGAGGACUUCGAGAGACGCUGGAACUCCCUCCGGCCCAACAACGGACACAGCGGCCACUGUGGAGCCGCAGCCGUGUCCAGAGACCACACCUCAUCUACUUCCUCCUCCUUCCCCCUCCUCGAACAGUUCACAGCUGGUGACGGCUACCACUCCGAGUCUGGGGACGACAUCCUAACGGUCACCGAGACCAGCCACGGCCUGAACUUUGAGUACAAAUGGGAACAAGCCAGAGCAGAGCAGUCGUAUAGACCUGCAGACUCCGGGUCUCUAGGUCAGGUCAACCACCUCUGUCAGGAAAACUUUUACCCACCAGGGGGCAUUGUUGGAGGCUGCCCCAUGGAGAGUCUUAGCCAUGGAGUUUCACCUCCCUACUAUCAACCAAAACAUCUACAUGCUCCAAGUGUACUUCCUGUCCUCAGUGCCCACAGCCCCUCUGUUAGCAGUGAGUAUUAUAUUCGCAUCGAGGAGCCAGUGGACUGCAGCAUCGAUCCAGAAUACACCAUGUGUUCCUACAGUCCGGAAUACCAAGGCAGCAGUGGGAGCUUCCUCACUGGGAGUGCAGAGUCUGGAGACUGCAUGGCAUGCCCAUCACAGACCAAGAACAUGGCUCCUUACUGGUCUGCUGACCUCCAUAAAUCAGAUGUCUAUGACUCAAAUGACUCCAGUCCUGCAAUUUCCCUGACAAUGGAACCACUUCUAGGGCAGAUUUCAGACAGCAGCCCCCUCCAGCCAUGGGAGUCCAGUCAUUACGUGUCCUAUAAAGACCGAGAUGGGGGUUACUACUAUGAGCACUCGCCACCUCUGGGAUUAGACCCCUAUUUAAUUGGAGGGGAGCUUGACAACGAGCAUCACCAGGAAAGUUGGGGUUCAAGAAAUCUGCGUCAGGCCUUGGGUGAGUUGGAAAGCCCACUGGGUAUCUCCCCUUCUGUAAGCAGUCCACCUAAGCAGGCCUACAGAGAUACCUAUCUGGACACAAGUCAGACGUCCAUCAUUGGAAAAAAUGUGACCGGGGGCUACUACGACAUGAUGGGCUCCCUGAGGAAGACGAUGCCCAGCCACACCAGACACAACUCAGUCUGUAUCAACAUGGAGACAGAGGGGGCGCUGUUCAUUGGCCACAGAGACACUGAUACCGAAGAAGAAGAAGAGGACAUAUUUGUUGAGCGACACACGUGCAAUACCUGGCCUUCAAAACACCGUCACAGACGGGCUAACCACAGCUGCAGACAGGAUGCUUAUGUGGACUUUCACUACACAAUGCCUAGUACAGACAUCGAAGACUCCUGGCCUGAGGACCACAGCCUCGCCUUCCACUCUUUACCCAAACAGAUCGACUACCUUGAACCCCGUCAGGCAAAAGACAACAGCGCCUGCCUCAAUCUGAGUAAACACCAUGCGGUCGUUCCCCCGGAGACCUGCAAUGCCUACAUCUACCUGUGCCAUGCAGGUGACACUCAGGUCCAGGUUCCUGGGGAGUGCUGCCGCUCUCACUUCGUUGAUCCUCUGACUGGGCUGUUGGUCAGAAACAACAGCUACAUUCACAGCUACAGCUACAUCAGAGAUAAGGACGUCGAUAUCCCAAACAAUGAAGAGAUGAUCAAUCUGUCGCCAGCUCCAGGAGGUCCUAUUGUACCCAAACCUGCAUUUACCAAGAUGGAGGACAGUCGAGACCAGUACGCUGAUCUUUCAUGUGACAAUAAGGAGAAGCAUGCGGAUGUGGUGAAGGAAAAUCUAAUCCUACAAAAACAGACAGAGCCUAAAGUAGAAGAGGUGACGAAAAAUUUACCCCCUCCGAUGGACAACAUGCAUGUGAUGAUGGUCUUCACAGAUCCACAAUCGGAGAUGAGUAAUACCGCUGAUAGUGGCAUGGACCAAGGUGGGUCCAGUGUGAACCUCGCUGACAUCCUGGACUGCAGCGAUGACGACGAGGAUGAAGACAUCACUGAUGAUAUCACCGAUGUUACCUCAGGCAUUUUUGAGUCCAGUGAAAUGACAGCUUCUCCUGCAUUCAAGUCCUUACAGAAGCAGGUUGGAACUCCAGAUUCAAUGGACUCCAUGGAUCUUCCAUCUGCAGCUGGAUCAUGUGAAGGCUUCAGCCCUGCAUCCUCCCACCCCUCCAGUUCACCUAAAGCCAUGGACAGUGGAUACGACACCGAAAACAAUGAGAGCCCGGAGUUUGUCCCCAAAGAACCCCAUGAAUCCCGGGAACAAAGUCUUGGAAAGCCGGCUCUUGAUACAAGAUUGGAGGAGGAUGAAGUGAUGCUUGAGGAGCAUGGAGUUGAAGCCAGUGAUGGAGAACCAUCACUGGGUGAAGAUCUGGUCCUCGGAGCCGCAAAGCCAGAUGAAGAAAUCCUCUUACCACUGAGUGAUAAGACCCCAUACAGAGAUUCCGCUUAUUUUUCAGAUUAUGAGAAUGAAAGACAAUCCAGGGACGACGGGGAGGAACCGGAGAAGGUAAAUGAUGAUGUAGAAUGGAAGGAAGAAGAAGAAAUACAAGACAACAAAGACAUGAAACUUGAGUCCUCCUCCCUUCUAGAGGUGGAUGGGUUCUUGAUCGAUGACACUGCUUCACUGGCAGAAGGUGGACUGGAUGAAUGGCCAUCUCAAGAGGAGAACUCGUCCCUGGGAGAUUGGGCAGCAGAGGUGGUGGGGGCCAUGGAAGAGGCCAUUGGUGCCUUGAAUGGGGAUUGUACCGUCACCAUGAAGGAGGAGCAUGAAGAAGCAGAGUUUAUGAAGGACACCGAUGAAGCUGAGGAGGAGCUUCAGAUCAAGACCAUUCAAACGGGUUCGUCAGGGGGAUCUGGUGAGGUUCUGCACACCUUACCCAAAGAUGAGGUGGCUUUACAGCACACAGCCAACAUCAGACGCUUCUCUUCAUCCUCACCUCCGCCUCCAUCCACUCCUCCACCUCCUCUUCCAGCCGCAGAAGGCCGAGCAUCUCCAGCCGAUGGAGAAGAAGCCGACGAGGAGGACGGUGAUACCGAAGACAGCGACGAGUCAGACGAGGAGCUUCGUACCUUCAGCAAGCAGGAACAAAGUGGGGAGGAGGACAGCGAUGAUGACUGCCACCCGGUGCCCAUCAUCGUGAGCGACAACAGUGAAGCCCACAAACUGCGAAGCCUCCUGAAGAUGCCCACGCUGCUGACGUCGGAGAGCCUAGAGGAGGACCUGGACCACAAAAAGAAGACUGUGUCCUUUUUUGAUGACGUCACUGUCUACCUGUUUGAUCAGGAGAGUCCGACGAAGGAGCUGACUGAGCAUGGCUUCCCUUUAGGAGAAGAGGGUCAAAGUUCAAGAAGCAAAUCCCAGGAAAGAGUUAAUGCUUCAGAUGAUUCUUCAGAUGGGAACGUGUCAGAGGAGAGUGCAGGGUACGAGUGGGAGGACGACUUUCCUCUGCUUCCUCUACCCACAUCUUCUAUGUCGUCGGACUCUCCUCCACCCCGGUCCAUCUCCAAACCUCUGGACAACAAACCGGCCGUCCAGUUCUCCCGCUUCACCAUCUCCCGCUUCUCCAUCACCCACAUCUCAGACUCAGAUAUGGACUCUGCAGGAGGCAGCAGUGAGGACGGAGACAAAGAGUAAGAAGACGUGGACGCAGGACUUCUGAUGAAAGGAACGGCAGGUUUUAGAAACAAGACAGUGCCUCUUCCCGUCUGUGGACCCCAGCAGAACCCAGCAGAACUGUUCCAAAAGAGUUCAUAUAUACCAUUCAAAGAGGAUUCACAU